GUUUGGCACGAGCCUAUUUUAUUCGUCUGUCCCCAACGGAAAAACCCAGAAACAGAGAAAAACAGAGCGAAUCUUGAAGCCACGAACAUGAUAUGAUUUGUUAGUAAAUAAAAGAUAGGAAAAUCAAUUUCCCAUGUCGAGAUCAUUGAUUCAACGCAUUUCUCCAUUUUUCAUAGCUCGAAUUAAGCAAAACCACAAACUUCUAAGGUCUUCUUCGUAUUCUCAUAAUUAUUCUUCUUCAGCUCUUCAUGAGGCUUCUCCUGAAUCUUCUGAAUCUCCAUCUUCUUCUCUCGAUGCUAUUCGCAUCGCUGAUAAUUGCGUCAAGAGAAUGAAAGAGUUGCAAGCCAGUGAAGAAUCAUCUCAUGAAAAGGUGCUUCGAUUGAGUGUGGAAACUGGUGGAUGUUCGGGGUUUCAGUACGUUUUCGAUUUGGAUGACAAAACCAAUCCAGAUGACAGAGUUUUUGAGAGAGAAGGAGUAAAACUGGUAGUUGAUAAUAUCUCCUAUGAUUUUGUAAAAGGGGCAACUGUCGAUUAUGUUGAGGAGUUGAUUCGUUCCGCCUUCUUGGUAACAACAAAUCCAAGUGCAGUUGGAGGGUGCAGUUGUAAAAGUUCAUUCAUGGUGAAACAGUAGGGUCUUUCAAGUUUACUGCCCAUAUUUCCGGCGAGGCUGAGAGUUUCAGUAGGUUGAAUGAGUUACUGAAUCAAUAGUCUGCCUGAUUUUUUUUCUCAUAUCGAUUAUUUGGAUACAAACAUUAUGCAUAUUUCAUGUGUAACAUCAUAAAUGUAGGGGGGGCACUGCUGCGCAUCUGUUAAUGAGGGUUACGUUAACAACUUUCAUUACUUGUUUACACUCAAAUGGAUGCUUUGUCCAUCCGGUUCACUUGAGUUGAUUUGGGUCUUUUCCAAGCUACUAAUUUGAAGGUGCUUUACUUGAUCUCGA